GAUUGCCACAUUGGAUCGUCAGACGAUUGGAUUUUCAUCAAUUUUCCGCAGUUUUUCCUUUAUUAUCGUCUGAUUUUACCUGAAAAUCUGAUAAAUUUGCACUUCCCAUCACCGCGUCGAUAGAAAGUGCUGAAGAUGUCAGAGGAGCAAGUGAAACGUUUCAUGAGCAUCGGUUUAACGGAGCAAAAAGCCAAGGAAACGUUGAAAAAUGCUGCUGUUACGAAGAACUUAAAUGCCGCCUUGGAUGCCGUUGCUGGAGCCUCGUUGCCCGAAGGAGCUGGAACCCUUUUAUAUAACUUGUCGGCAAAAAUUAAGCCACAAAUCGCCGAGCACUUGCCGUUCGUGGCGAAAAACAUUGUCGCGAAGAAACUCGAUACGCAACAAAGACUCGAUGCGGCCUUGGAAUACUUGCUUGCUCGCACGGCGCAUCAAGGUGCCAUCAAUGUCGCGGAAUUCGAGAAGGCGUGCGGUGUCGGGAUUGUCGUUACGCCCGAGGAAAUCGACAAAGCAGUCGAAGCAGAGAUCAAAAAGAACAAAGAUGAGUUGCUGAAGCAACGUUACCGCUUCAAUGUUGGUCGAAUUUUAACGGAAGUUCGUUCAAAACUGCAAUGGGCUGAUGGAAAAGCGAUCAAAAGUGAAGUUGAUGUGCAGAUUUUUGAUUUGUUGGGACCCAAAACGGAAGCUGACAUGGCUCCGCCACCAAAACAAGAGAAAAAACCGAAGGAAAAACCAGCUGCCACAGAAACGAAGAAAACUGAAGAGAGUGAUGGCGCAAAUUCGAUCGGGGAGUUGAUGAAGCACAAAGUACACUUCCACAAACCCGGAGAAAACUUCAAAACAGACGGAUAUGUCGUCACUCCCAACACAGAAAGACUGUUAAAGGAACAUUUGAAGCAAACGGGCGGCAAAGUUCGUACCCGAUUCCCUCCCGAGCCCAACGGAAUCUUGCAUAUCGGUCACGCAAAAGCAAUUAACAUCAAUUUUGGGUAUGCCGCUGCCUUUGAUGGCGUUUGUUUCUUGCGUUAUGACGACACAAACCCCGAAAAGGAAGAGGAAAAGUUCUUCAUUGGCAUCAAAGACAUGGUCGAAUGGCUCGGAUACAAACCCUACAAAAUCACGUACUCUUCGGACAACUUCCAGCAACUUUAUGAAUGGGCCAUCGUCUUGAUCAAAAAGGGACUUGCUUAUGUGUGUCAUCAAACGGCCGACGAAAUGAAGGGAUUUAACCCAGUACCAUCGCCGUGGCGUGAUCGUCCCAUCGAAGAAAGUUUAAUCCUGUUUAACGACAUGAAAAACGGCAAAAUCGACGAAGGCAAGGCUACACUUCGUAUGAAAGUCACGUUGGAAGAGGGAAAAAUGGAUCCCGUUGCUUAUCGCAUCAAAUUUAUUCCGCAUCAUCGUACGGGAGACAAAUGGUGCAUUUACCCAACGUACGAUUACACGCAUUGCCUGUGCGACAGCAUCGAAAACAUCACGCACUCCCUUUGCACGAAGGAGUUCCAGUCGCGACGCAGUUCCUACUAUUGGUUGUGCAACGCCCUCGACAUUUACUGCCCAGUUCAAUGGGAAUAUGGACGUUUAAAUGUCAGUUAUACCGUCGUUUCCAAACGAAAAAUCGCAAAACUCAUCUCGGAAAAGAUCGUUCGUGACUGGGACGAUCCAAGACUUUUCACGUUGACGGCUUUGCGUCGUCGGGGCUUCCCAGCUGAAGCAAUUAACAACUUUUGCGCACUUGUUGGUGUCACAGGCGCUCAAGCUACCGUCGAUCCAUCCAUGUUGGAGGCUUCCGUGCGUGAUGUACUUAAUGUCACGGCUCCACGUCGUUUGGUGGUUUUGGAACCUCUGAAAGUCACCAUCAAAAAUUUCCCACAAGAGCACGGAAUCGACCUAGAAGUGCCCAAUUUCCCCACAAAUCCUGAAAAAGGCAGUCACAAGAUCCACUUUGAUCGCGUUUGUUACAUCGAGCAAAGUGACUUCAAGGAGGAACCAGAAAAGGGAUAUCGGCGGUUGUCAUUGUCGCAAAAUGUCGGUUUGCGUCAUACGAAUUACGUCAUUAAAGUGGAGGAUGUCUUGAAAGAUGCCACUGGAAAAGUUCAGGAGCUCAUUUGUUCGUGCGAAAAGGCUGAUGCCAAUAACAAACCGAAAGCUUUCAUCCAAUGGGCUUCCAAACCGUUAGAAAUUGAAGUUCGUUUGUACGAACACUUGUUUAAUCACAAAAAUCCCGAGGAUACGAAUGAAGUCCCGAAUGGAUUUUUGAGUGAUUGCAACCCGAAUUCGUUGACAACGUUGAAAGCGUACACCGAUCAAAGUCUCUCUGUUGCCAAGGUCUACGAUAAAUUCCAAUUUGAGCGAAUUGGAUUCUUUUCCGUUGAUCCGGACACAAAACCAGGCAACUUGGUGUUCAAUCGUACUGUUACUCUGAAAGAGGAUGCUGGAAAAGUUUAAAACUUUUUGCAAAUAAAAUGCCUUAAUUUUUUUGAAUAAAUCUCUGAAUAAAAAAAAGUUGUAAAAAAUUAAAAUUGAGUAGUUUUUUGAGGCCUUUUACAAAAAUAAAAAAAAAUUUAGGUUGCUUUUAAAUUGAAG